AUGUGGAGACGAACAUAUUUGCUUCUACUGGUGAUCCGUGUUUACUUUGCCCUUUCCCCAAGCUACCUUCAUCCAGACGAGAACUUUCAGGGACCUGAAGUUUUUGCAGGUCGCGUCCUCUCCUACCCAUCCAAAUUACCAUGGGAAUUCACCGUCGAUAAACCGAUCCGCAGCGUCUUUCCGCUAUGGCCGACCUACGACGUGCCAAUAAGCCUUCUUAGAUGGUUCUAUGCCGAAACAGGGGCCCCGACACCCCCUCCUCCGCAGGUUAUCUACUAUGUAUUACGAGGGGUCAUGUUUCUCUUGAGUUUUGUGCUGGAGGACUGGGCUGUAUAUGAGUUAGUUCCUUUUGCACGACACCGCCGGGCGACCGUGGUACUCGUUGCGUCGUCGUACGUCACCUGGACAUAUCAGACGCACACCUUCUCCAACUCCCUUGAGACGUUGUUGGUUGCUUGGGGUCUGGUCUUGAUUCGUCGCAUUGUCGAGAAUAAGCGCCGCUCAUCCGUCUUCUCCUGUGCUGUCCUGGCCUUUAUUGCUGUUGCUGGCGUCUUUAAUCGAAUCACUUUUCCAGCUUUUCUUGCCAUCCCAGGACUUCAAUUAUUGCCUCAUUUUCGGCGCAAACCGGUUUCAUUAUUUUCUUUCAUGGGGUUCGGUAUAUUCUUCUUUGGAAUCGCUGUUCUUAUUGAUACCGCAUUCUAUCGGCCUUCUGCAACCUUGUGGGAUACCCUUCACUCGCCGGUAAUUACACCCGUCAACAAUUUACUUUAUAACUCCGAUAGUUCAAACUUGGCGCUUCAUGGACUCCACCCUCAUUAUCAACACAUUCUAGUCAACUUGCCGCAGCUCCUUGGGCCUGCAUAUGCUAUGAUGGCUACAUCAUUGUGGGGCUUGCCAGCUAUCCCAACCUGGCUGAAGAACGCGCGUGCUGUCUCCGCUUUAUCAGCAACUGUCAUAUUAUCGAUCUUCCCCCACCAAGAACCGCGCUUCUUAAUACCAUGCGUACCUCUUCUCCUCAGUUGCUUCCGUGUGAGCAAAUCGCGUUUGUUCCUGGCCAUCUGGAUGAUAUUUAAUGCUGCUCUGGGAUUUUUAAUGGGCAUCUAUCACCAAGGGGGAGUUGUACCUGCUCAGCUUGCAAUGCCCUCUAUCAUCUCAGCCAGCAGUGUUGAAUCAAGUAAUGCAUUUCCAGGAGAAAGCCCUGUUGUCUCUGCCACAGUCUUUUGGUGGAAAACCUACUCUCCCCCGCUAUGGUUACUAGGGACUACCGACAAUUCAUCCCUGAAUAUCGAAACUCGAGACUUAAUGGGCGUUCCCGGACCAGACUUGAUCGAGGAGCUGGAAAAACUACUCCCUUCCUGCAACAUUGCUGGAUCGAAGCAGGUUGACCCGGUAUUCGUGGUUGCGCCCAAGUCGGCUGCUUUUCUUGAUCGAUAUACCUUUUUACCGAGCUCGUCGGUUAGCUCAGCUCUAGAGCUACACGAACUGUGGUCUUACAGGAAACAUAUCAACUUGGAUGAUCUGGAAUUUGGCACUGAAGGUGUCUAUUCAGCAUUGAGGCGAGUGAUUGGUAGGCGCGGACUAGCCGUGUGGAGAGCUAAAAGGGCGGGGUGCAAUUGA